AGCGUGCUCAGCCGGAAGUGGCUUCUGAGUGCCUGGGGCCGAGAUUCGCGUGCCGACCCUGCCGCAGCGGUUGACAAGUUGGAGAGAAUCAGGAUGGAGGCCGUGGAGACCGCGCCGGCGGCGAGGGAACCUGAUGAGGGUGAGGUCCUGGCCACGCGGAGGUGACUGGAGAAGGAGGCUGCGGUGUCACUAGCAAAUGAUUCCCCAGGAACGCGAAGGAGGCUGCAUGGAACCUGGACCUGGGCGCUGGGGAGAGCUAAGCUGGACACCAGUCCCAUCCAGACCCCAGCACAAGCUGGAAGCAGCUGAGGGAGCAUCAGAGGCCCUGGACAAAGAUGCCCCCAGGGCUGAGAACACACUGGUGAGUGCCAUGCUGCAUGCUGUGGCUGCCACCCACCUUCCCGUGUGCAGCCAGCAACAGGGUGAACCCGACUUGACAGAACGGGAGAAGGUGGCCAUCCUGGGCCAGCUAUAUCACGAGAAGCCACUGGUGUUCCUGGAGCGCUUCCGCACAGGCCUCCGAGAGGAACACCUAGCCUGUUUUAGCCACCUUCGUGGAGACCACCGUGCAGACUUCUACUGUGCUGAGGUGGCCCGGCAGGGCACUGCCCGGCCCCGCACCUUACACACCCGCCUGCGUAACCGGCGGUACGCUGCCCUGCGAGAGCUCAUCCAAGAGGGCGAGUACUUCAGCGAUGAGCAGAUGCGGUUCCGGGCUCCACUGCUGUAUGAGCAGUAUAUUGGGCAGUACCUGACCCAGGAGGAGCUCAGUGCCCGUACCCCAACCCACCAGCCCCCCAAGUCUGGCUCCCCUGGCUCACCUGCCUGCCCCCUCUCCGACCUGCUGCUCCAGUCCUACCAGGAGCGGGAGCUGCAGCAGCGGCUGCUCCAGCAGCAGGAGGAAGAGGAGGCCUGCUUGGAAGAAGAGGAGGAGGAGGAGGACAGUGAUGAGGAAGACCAGAGGUCAGGCAGAGACUUGGAGGCCUGGGUCCCUGACUCAGAGGAGAGGCUAAUCCUGCGGGAAGAGUUCACAAGCCGGAUGCACCAGCGCUUCCUGGAUGGCAAGGACGGGGACUUUGACUACAGCACAGUGGACAAUAACCCUGACUUUGACAACUUGGACAUUGUGGCACGGGAUGAGGAAGAGAGGUACUUCGAUGAGGAGGAGCCUGAGGAUGCACCCAGCCCAGAGCUGGAUGGGAACUGAUGGCCACUAACCCUCCCUCGGCCAGCCACCCAGCUCCCAGCCCCAACAAGGCAGCUGAUUACAGGCUGGCUCAGUGACUCUUUCUCUAGGGUGGCACCUCCCCCCACAUACCACCAGCCUCACUGGGUCUGGUCUCAUCUCAGACAACACCCCCACUGUUUCUGAGGUUCCCUGCCCUUCUCCCUCUCUUUUUCCCUCUCUCCUCUCUGUGCCCUGCCUCUAUCUUUUUCUUGUUAUCUCUAGGUUUCUUUCACUGUCUUCAACUCUCUUAGUCUCUUUCUUUCUUUCUGGAUCUCUCCCUUUCCAGGUCUCUGGCUUCUGUCUCCCCCUUUCUCCCUCUCUGUCUGUGCCUGGGGCUCUGUCCCAGCAGCAGGGCCCAGAAUAAAUGUCCUCCCCCUAACCAAGGCCA